AUGUUUCUCCCGUGUUUAGCAGAAGUCGUCACCAGGCAGGCAGGCGAAGUGACACGACCAAUGAGACGGGCGCUCAGUACGCAUGCGCACACCGAUGCGCCUACAGAUGUGCGGACGCAGCUUUCCACUUUUGUCGCAAACAAACACGACUUUCCUUUCUUCAUUGCGUCCCCUCUCUACUUUCUUCAAUAUACUCUCUCUGUGCCGUUUUUCAUGUUUCCCAGUAUGUACAUUUCUUCAUUUCUGUACCUCUUUUUUUUUCAUUGUACCUUUUCUCUUUGUGACUUCAAUUUUCUUCAUUGUACCCGUUAUUGUAAUCCUUUUCUGUCUGUACCUUUUUCAUAUUCUUUGUACCUCUCUUUUGUACCUUUUGAACCUUCAUCGUACCUUCAUCUGUACCUUUCUUCCUUGUACCUAAUCUAUAUCUCUAUUCAUCCUCCCCAGUCUGUACCUUUCUUCAUUGUGUUCUCUUUGUACUUCUCUUCAUUGUACACCGUUCUGUACCUUUUCUCAUAUUCACUAGUUUGUACCUUUCUUCAUCGUACCCUCUCUGUACCUUUCUUCGUUGUACCUGGUCUGUAUCUCGCUUCAUACUCCCUGGUCUGUACUUUUCUUUAUCGUACCUAG